UUAGAGUUUGAUAUACCCAACUUAACGGAAUCAUACCGAUAGAUACAACGUCGUACUUUGCCGAAAAUAGCUGAAGAGGACUUAACGAGUUAUAAAUUAAUAUAACUGAAGAGGAAAGACCAUCUAAGAUAUCUUAAAAUGGAGGACUUAGUCAAUACUUCUGGAACAGCGGUUGAGAAUUCAACUGAAUCGACUACGGCAACACCGAAAAAAGUGGCUAAGCCUAAAGCCAAGACUCAAAGGCCAAAAUCUACUCAUCCACCGACAUCUGAAAUGGUGACUGCCGCCAUUAAAGAAUUGAAGGAUCGUAAGGGUUCGUCGUUACAAGCCAUCAAGAAAUUCGUUGUAGCUACGUAUAAGGUUGAUGGCGAAAAAGUAACACCAUUUAUCAAGAAAUAUUUAAAAAAUGCGGUCUCGACUGGAGCCGUUGUUCAGACCAAAGGAAAGGGUGCGUCUGGAUCAUUCAAGUUGUCGACCAUUAAGGCGAGCCCUGCCAAACCUAAAGCUCCACGAGUUAUUAAGGAAAAGAAAGUGGCUGAGAAAUCUGUAGAAAAGAAGACUGCUGCCGCACGCAAAACUGCUGCUACUGCUGUUGCAAAGAAAACCAAAGCACCGGCUAAAAAGGCUGAAACUGUGAAGAAAGCAGCCGAUCCGAAAAAAUCAAAAGUUGCAACAUCAAGAUCUGCUACCGCUGCUGCUGCUGCCGCUGCCGCAGCCGCUGCUGCUGUUACACCCGAAAAGAAAGUUGCGAAAAAACCAGCUACACCUAAAACUGUCUCGAAAGCUAAGAAAACUGUUAAGGCACCAGCUGCCAAAACUAGAACUCCUAAACCGAAGAAGACAACUGCCAAGGCUGUUGCCAAGAAAUAAUUAUUUCCACCAAAAUCCUAUAAAUUGGCCCUUUUCAGGGCCACAACAUUUUUUAUAAGUCAUUGGAGUGAAUAUCGAUUUACAUGCAUAUCUCAACAUACCUCUCUUACCCCUUCCUCUCUUUUUUCUCAUUUUUUUAUGCAGAUAUAUUUCAUAUUUUAAAGCAUUCAAUACUUAAUAGUUUUAAUUUAUAGUUUGUAGUGACUGUGAUUGUACAAGUAGAGUAAUAAUAUUAAGUGUUAUUUUCUACAACGUCUGUAAAUAUGUAAAUACAAAUUUUUAAUUAAAAUAUGUUAAA